GUAUAACUUCGAUUUUAGACAAUAAUCUCCCCGCAUACAACCUUUCCGACAACAACGAAGCGAACGAACGAAAUACUCUAACGAUUUCAUUCCAAAAAUUCUCUAGCGUGGCAUCGUAGUCAUGAAUCGACCAGGAGCCGUGCCACAAUCCCUUCGAGGGAUGCCAACUGGAUUUGGUGGUCAACAACAACCUCAACAACCAGGUAGAACAGUGUCCGGCCGAUUACCAAAUGGGAAAUUAGCGAAUAAUGGUGGUGGAUGGGCGUUUGGUAGUGUUCCUAUGGGUGGUGCUGCGCUUCAGACAUCAUCAAGGCAACUAGGCGGCAACCUCAGUUUUGCCCAAAGUUUGAGUGGCUCUCAGCCGGCAACACCCCUCGAUCUCUCCGAGUUUCCCUCCUUAUCAAAUACAUCACAGCUUCCGAGUGCUGGAGGAUCUUCGUUAUGGUCAGCAGGAGGAUCUAGAGGUAUGGGUGGGGCCAUACAGAGAAAUCAACAACCUACUCCUUUAUCCGCUCAACAUGCACCGCAGCAAGAUGACUUCUUUUCACCUUCGCGCAUGACAUCUGGCCAGGGCCAGUAUCGAUUUGGUAGCCAGAAUAAUGUCGCUCAAUCAUCCCAACCCCAACCUAGCAGCAUCGACGAUUUCCCUCCGUUGAAUAACAACAACAUGAGGAACGGCAAUGGAGAGAUAGGUCAGGAACGUGGAUCAAGUCUGAUGUCGACUCUCGGUUUUGGUGCCCAAGGUAACGCAGCUCCUGGAUCCUUGCCAGGCCCUAGAUCAGGAAACGGUCUGCUCAAUGCGUUAUCGGCAAACACUCGAACAACGGAUGUUCGGUCCCCAGAUGGAUCUACGGCUAUAGGCGCUUCGCGACCACAAGAUAUUAGAAGCACAGGUAGCGGCGCUAAUGAGGAAGGUCGACAAAAACCUCCUGGAUUCCGAGAAGAUAGCAUAACAACCCAAUCAGCCACACAAGAUGCUCCGGAGUCGGUUGACGGUCGCAAUCCCCUUGGUGCGAUCGGUACCAGUGAUGCUCCCUCGGGCAAGAACAGCGAUGAGAAGGCCAACCAGCCCGCGUCCGUACAUGACCCCUUAGCAGGGAUGACGCCAAUCGACAAGUGGGGAAUCAAAGGUCUCCGCGCACUAAUGAAUAAUUAUCCCGAUUAUAACGCUGCCGUUACGGGGCUCGAUCCAACUACGCUUGGUAUAGACUUCACGUCUCCCCAGCCAUUGUCAACCCAGGUGUUCUCGCUGUUCAACGACACUCCGCCUCGGCCAGGAAUUCCCGAGUACCGCCUUCCGGAAUGUUAUAAUGUGAACAACGUGCAGCCUCUAGAAAACAAGAUUAGCAACUUCAACGAGGAGACGUUAAUGUGGAUAUUCUACAGCUGCCCCGGAGAUAUCAAGCAGCAUAUGGCCGCACAUGAGCUGUACAACCGAGCGUGGCGAUGGCACAAGAAGCUUAAGAUCUGGUUGACCAAAGAUGAGAUUAUGCAGCCCCGUAUUCUCAGCGCACAGCAUGAGGAGGGCUACUACAUCAUCUGGAAUACAACAGAUUGGCGUAAGGAACGUCGUACUCUUACGUUGCAUUACGCCGAUCUGGAGACCAACAACUCGGCUCUCCCAUAAAGAUGUGUAAUUGUCUGUGACAUUGAGCGGUACGCAGGACUUGGCGAGCCUGCGUAUCAGCUGGCGUUGGGUUUACGGAUUGCACAACCUAGGGGAACAAGGCUAAUUGCGGUAACUUGAUGGCUUUCAAGUUCGGUAUUGCUUAGGGGCGUAGCAAAUGCCCAACCUGGCAAACAGGUCUUUGCACGAGGGCAUCAAUGCACCUCGAUUCAUCAAUACAGGAUUUUUAAAAUCCCUAACACUACGUUCCCUAAUCUCGCCGAUCUC